AUGGACGCAACGGAGAAAGCGGCAAAAGCGCUUUACCAGCAGGGCGUACGCAAGGGCGACGUUGUGUGCCUCUGCGUGUGUAACACAAUCCUGUAUGGCCCGCUGGUGUACGGCACGUUGCACCUUGACACGGUUGCGUCAAUGGUGAGCACCAUGACUGAUGUGUCAACGCUGGCAUAUUACCUUAAGACUAACAAUGCGAAGGUGGCGCUGGGGAUGCGCUUUUUUCAGAAGCAGCUUGCAGAGGCCGUGGCUUUAGUUGAACAGGAGAUUGAGCGGAAGAUAAAUGUCUUGUACCCAGAGGAGCUCUACACGAAGGCAGAUGCUUCCGAGAUCCCUGCAGAAUACGACGGACUGAAGGACGCCACGCUGGAUGACACUGUGGCCAUCGUCUUCUCCAUCGGCACGGGCGUCGCUCCAAAGGGUGUGUAGCUGACUAACCGUGCUCUCAUUGCAUCUUCAGAGCAGUCUGCCAAAGCGUUCGGCGUUGGCUCGGAUAACAACGUCAUCGUCGUUCUUCUGCUUUCUCACGCCUUAGGAUUCUCUGCGUGUAUGAACUGCAUGUUUGCCCACUCCUCCACGCAGGUGGGGAUGACAAAGUACAAGGCGACAAUCAACCUUGUCGCCCCGCCGAUUCUCAUCUCGCUGCUCAAGAACGAAGGCCUGGUGAGGCAACACGACAUGUCGUCGCUAAAGCACUUCUGCUGUGGUGCAGCCCCGCUCGGCCCCGAGACGAUGGAGGCAGUGGAGAAGAUGCUGCCCAACGUGUCCGUGACGCAGGCCUAUGGCAUGACGGAGAUGGCGCCGGCCGUGACUGUGCCCAAUGGGCUGAAGCACAAGGUGCCGGGCUCCUGCGGCACGCUUGUGGGCGACACAGAGCUGCGCAUCGUGAAGGUUGAUGACACCCAGCAGAGCGGCACCGACAAGUCUGCCGGCAUCGACGCAGAUCCUGGGGCAGAGGGCGAGGUGUGGGUGCGUGGCCCGCAGAUUAUGAAGGGCUAUUUGCACGAUGAGGACACCGCCUUGUGCAUGCAGGAUGGCUGGUACCGCACCGGCGACAUCGGCAGGUUCGACGUCGAGUCUGGCGAGCUCGUCAUUACUGACCGGCUGAAGGAGCUGAUCAAGUACAAAGGCUUUCAAGUGUCGCCGGCUUCUCUGGAGGCACUCUUGCUGACGCACCCGUGGGUGAAGGACUGCAUGGUGAUUGGUGUGCCGGACCCACGCGACGUGAGCUUUGAGAACCCGCGUGCGCUUGUCUCUCUCCAGCCCUCUGUUCCUCCCAAGGACGCCGUCCGUGCGUCAGACGAGCUGUACCACUUCGUCAUGUCGCGCAUGCCGCCGCACAAGCGACUGCACGGCGGUGUGCGCAUUGUCAAUGAGGUGCCGCGCAGUGCCAUCGGCAAGGUGCUGCGCCGUAAGGUGCGCAAGAAGGAAAUGGCACUGCUGAAGGAGCAGAACAGCGGUGAUGAUGGAAGCAGCUAA